UUGCAUUAUUAUUAAAAAUACAUAGUGGUAGAAUAAGUACGUAGUGUCGUGAAACAAAAUUAAUGAGUGUAGUGUAGUGUAAAAAUGCGGCGUUGCGAGCAAGCAGCGCGUAGCGCGGUGCUGUGCCCGGGGCCAUGCUUUGGCUGAGCGCAGACCGCCGGCUGCAGCUGGUGCCGCGCCUCUGUCCAGAGCCGUACGCGUCGCUGAGCGGGUGCUCGCGGGGCGGGGCGGGAGCGUCGGGCGUGGGGGGCGGGCAGGUGCAGCUAUGGCAGUUCCUGCUGGAGGAGCUGGCGGCCGGCGCGCCCGGCAUCUGCUGGGAGGGCGCUCCGGGCGAAGGCGAAUUCCGUCUGGCCGACCCGGACGAGGUGGCGCGACGCUGGGGUCGGCGCAAGCAGAAGCCCAACAUGAACUACGACAAGCUGUCGCGCGCUCUGCGUUACUACUACGACAAGAACAUCAUGACCAAGGUCCAUGGCAAGAGGUAUGCGUACCGUUUCUGCUGGGCGGGACUGGCGGCGGCGUGCCAAGCGCAGACUGGCGACGCAUCGCCCUACUGGCGCUGCCCUCCUCCGCACCAGCCCGACUGGCCACCGCCGGCACCUCCACCGCCCCCGCCCGCGCCCGGCUCUCAUUGAACUCCCAAGUUAAAACAGGCUUUGAAACCGUCGCAGGCUAACAUUGAUCCAAAUGCGCUUCAGUACCUAACGAUCAAAACGACGACUUUCAAGUCGACAUAGACCUUCUCAAGAAAAAAAAUGAAAAUACAGUAUAUAAUGAGAUAGAUUUGUCAUCGCCCCCGCAGUACCCUAGGGGAAGCCGCGCGAACGGGCUAGCGGCCGUGGUAAAUACGUGCAUUUGGAUGAUAGCUGUCAGCUGAACAAAUGAGUGAAAAAAGAAUUAAGAAAAAAGAUUUAUUGGAAAAUUUAACAUUUGAAGAAGAAAUGAGUAGAAUCUAGAUAGUGGAGGUCUCUAGGUCGAGUAUGGGCUCUCGGCCGGUGACGGCGGCUCUCGCUCCUGGUGUACUUGUUCUCACUGAUGCUGAUCGGAUUUUCUGAAGUGUACAGAUACAUACAAUGUAAUUGAUCAAAUGUGUUUAGAUUACGUACUUAUUAGUAUAGGAUUAUGCUUAGUUAUUGUUAACUUAAGAUAGAAAAUAAACUAAGUUGUUAUGAAUUUCCUAUUAAUUUUAUAUUGAUU